AUGGUGAAGAGAAAGAGAGCCGCCAUUCUGCCAACAAACAUCGCGUUGUUGCAGAACCUUGUUCGCAGAGACCCAGAAUCGUACCGGGAAGAGUUUUUGCAGCAGUAUGCGCAUUACGAAUCGCUGAGAGACAUUUUUUUGUUGACUCCGUCUUCUGAUGAUGGAGAGGAGUUUGGAGAGCUGAUUGUAUUCAUGUCUGCUGUUUGUUCGUGCUAUCCGAAAGAGACCGCCAAGUUCCCAGAGGAUUUGAAGAUCAUAUUGUCCAAUAACCACCGUGAUUUGACGCCCGAUUUGCGGGAAAAGAUCAUCCAGUGUCUGGUUAUGUUGCGUAAUAAGGACGUUAUUCGUGCCGAGUUUUUGAUCCAGACAAUUUUCCCUUUGUUGAGCGCUUACGGUCCCAGCGUGGAGGGCAAUGUCGGUAUGCACGCCAAACGGCUUAGACGCCAGAUCUACGGGUCUUUGGUGUCUCUUUUGAAGUCGUGCAACACUGGGGUGAAAAAUCAAAAGCUCAACAGAUCCACCCAGGCUUUGCUGUUCAAUUUGUUGGAACAGAAGGACGGCAACGGAUUAUGGGCCACGAAACUAACGAGAGAGCUGUGGAGACGGGGAGUGUGGGACGACUCGCGCACGGUGGAGAUCAUGACACAGGCCUCGUUGCACCCUGACACCAAGGUGGUGAUAUCUGGUAUUCGGUUCUUUUUAGGAGCAGACAAGGAAAGAGAGGAGAUGUUGGAGGGAGACUCAGACGACGAGGAGCUGGAUCCAGACCAGAUCCGCCAUCAGAUGCAGGUGAACAAGAAGUCGUCGAAGCGAGGCAGAAAGCUGGAAGCUGCGAUCAAGCAGUCUAAGAAAAAGAGCAGCAGAACCAACACAACGUACUUGAACUUUUCCGCCAUCCACCUUCUCAGGGACCCGCAGCAGUUUGCAGAGGACCUUUACGAACAGCAUCUGGCCAGCAAGAACGCCAACAAGUUCGACCUGGACCAGAAGAUCGCAAUUAUGAAUCUUGUUUCGCGGCUGGUUGGAACGCACAAGCUGACCGUUUUGGGAGUGUACUCGUUUUUCCUCAAGUACCUGACGCCGAAGCAGCGCAACGUGACGCAGAUCAUGGCAGCCUCUGCGCAGGCGUCGCACGAUCUGGUGCCGCCGGAGACCAUCAACAUGGUUGUGCGCAAGAUUGCAGACGAGUUUGUUUCUGACGGAGUGGCUGCGGAGGUGGCCGCUGCGGGAAUCAACACGAUCCGCGAGAUUUUGGCAAGAAACCCGGCCGGUAUUGAUGAGGCCCUGCUGCAGGACUUGACGGAGUACAAGUCGUCCAAGGCGAAGAACGUUGUGCAUGCAGCACGGUCGCUGAUCUCGCUGUAUAGAGACGUUGCACCAGAGAUGCUUUCUAAGAAAGACAGAGGCAAGUCGGCCACGAUGGACAUUAUCCACGACGGGGCCAAGGGCGUGCCGCAGUACGGUGUGGAGACCAACGUGGUGCAGGGCAUUCCUGGACUGGAGUUGCUGGCCAAGUGGAAAAUGGAGCAAGGAACUUUGGGCCAGGAGAACGCCGAGGACUGGAAGCUGCCCGAGUCCGAGUCCGAGGAUCUGGACGACGACAUCGAGGGCGACUGGGUCGACGUGAAGGAGGGCGAGGACAUCGAGAUUUCCGACGACGACGAGCCUGCUGCCGAACACAGAGGUAUCAAGAAGAAGUACCUCAAGUACAUGAAGAAGAAGAAGACGCACGAUUUCGACUCGGACCUGGAGCUUUCCGAUGACGAGAGAGACGUGAAGAAGCAGAAGCCGAGCGCGGAGCAGGAACAGGCCGUGCAACAGACGCUGGCCCAGGUGCUGACUCCGGCGGAUUUUGCCAAGCUCAAGGAGCUGAACCAGGUGGCAGGUGUGGAGCGCAUCUUGGGCGACAAGCACAAGAACGAAGACUCUGUGGACCACUCGACGCUGGUCGGAAAGGUCAAGUACAAGCAGACCAAGGAAGAGAGACUGGAACAGGUCAAGGAGGGCAGAGAGGACAGAGACAAGUUUGGAUCUCGUAAGGGAAAGAGAGACGCUCCUCAUUCCACCACUAAUAAGGAGAAACAGAGAAAGAAGAACUUUGUGAUGAUGAUCCACAAGAAGGCCGUCCAGGGAAAACAGAAAUUGAGUCUGCGAGACCGGCAGAAGGUGCUGCGUGCGCACGUCGAGCGGCAGAAGAAGAAAAAAUAG